GGUGGAGCAGUGUUUCGGCCCAUCAUGUUUCAGGACACUGGCGCCAAUCAGCGUCUCACGAGACUUCAGGCGAUGAGCUGGUCCUCCAUGUCUCCCUCUAAACUCCAUGACUCCAAGCUCUGGCCCUGGUAGUAUGAUACACGGUGUCCUGCCAAAUUCACUAGCACCGCCCAAUCCCAUACCUCAACUACGCCCUCCUCGACCGCUUAGGACGAAGAACAGAGAUAAAAGCAACACAUUCGAGGGGCACACCUGGGCGCAUCGUCCGCCUCCGGAGGAUGUCUAUGAGCGUCUCGAAGAGUUCUUCCCGGAACAUGAUCUCGACAAACCCAGCAUUGAAAAUUCUCGUGGAACAUCGCCUACUUCCGUAGAACAGACCUACGGAAAUAUUGUUGACAGAGACAAAGCGCUGAUACAAGCACAGAAGUCCAUCCGUACUGUUGCGGAACAGCAUAAUAAGCGGAUAGAUCACGUUUCCAGGGGUAACCCAUCAUCCGACACGAUGGUCUUGCGGAAGAAGAAUACGAAACUAUGGGGCCCUCGUAUCCAGGCAGUCGACACCCCAUUACAGACGAAGGCGAACCUUGACUCCCGGGCAGGUGGUCCUGGCAGGAUAUUCAAAUGGGUUCGUGGUGAACUCAUCGCCAAAGGAACGUAUGGUCGUGUGUAUCUCGCUCUCAAUGCCACCACGGGCGAGAUGUUCGCUGUCAAGCAAGUUGAAACCCCCAUAGCUACCAGUACUAGUGACAGAAAAGACAACCGACAAAUGGAAUCUGUACAAGCAUUCAAAACGGAGAUUGAGAUGUUGAAAUAUCUCGACCAUCCUCACAUCGUGCAGUACCUUGGGUUCGAGGAGACAAAGACAUUCUUGAGCAUUUUCCUGGAAUAUGUGCCCGGUGGCUCGAUUGGACGUCGUCUGCGAGAUCAUGGCAAAUUCGACGAGGAAGUUACAAAAUUGUUUACUCGACAGAUUCUCGAGGGCUUGGAAUAUCUUCAUUCCAAGAAUAUUAUACACCGAGAUUUGAAAGCAGACAACAUUUUGUUGGAGAGCACAGGGAUUUGUAAAAUCUCUGACUUCGGAAUUUCAAAACGCACUGACGAUCUCAGUGGAACGGCGUCACAUGUAAUGCAGGGCACGGUUUUUUGGAUGGCCCCAGAAGCCAUACAUCCCCAGAACAAAGGCUAUAACGCUAAAAUUGACAUAUGGAGCGUGGGCUGCGUUGUCCUUGAGAUGUGGUCAGGGAAGCGGCCAUGGUGUGAUGAUGAAGCUGUAACGGUCAUGUUCAAGGUAUACCAGAAUAAGCAACCCCCGCCCAUAUCCUCCGAUGUGGUUCUGUCCUAUCUUGCAAAAGACUUCAAGGAUAGAUGUUUCGCAAUUGAUCCGGAGGAACGGGCGAGCACUGUAGAGCUUAAGCAACAUCCAUACUUGGAGCUUCCAGAGGGCUGGGUAUUUAACGGUUUCAAGUAGGACCUCAUUCAGGCAUAUUUAUCAUCCCCUAACUAUUUCGGCCAUUUCUUGUCGUAUCUACUAUUGUGUAUUCCAAUCGCGCGUAUUUCGUUCGCUGUCCCUCAAGAA